AUGAGCCCACGUGAUGGGAUUCUGUGGAUAAUUGGCUGUGGAAGCCGAAGUUGUCUAAAAGUGGUGUUGAACGAUAUCGGAGUCCAUCCAACCAAUUCCAACCCUCGAGCUCAACGCCCUCUCCUUCCCUCCAAGAUGGAUUCCAGCAAGCAGCCCGUUAAGCUCGUCAAGGUGACCCGUGUCCUCGGCCGCACCGGAUCCCGUGGUGGUGUCACCCAGGUCCGCGUCGAGUUCAUGGACGACACCUCGCGUUCCAUCAUCCGUAACGUCAAGGGCCCAGUCCGCGUUGACGACAUCCUCUGCUUGCUUGAGUCCGAGCGCGAGGCCCGCCGUCUCCGUUAAAAUUCACCAAAACGAAAUUUCGCUUGCUUCGUCUAUUUUGUCUCUCUUCUUCUCUCGCAUAUCCCUUACGACCGGUUUUUCAUGAUUACUCUUCGGCCAAAAUCGAGUCCCCCGCUUUUCUUUCUUGCCGUACCUUCAACCUCCUGCCCUCAGCCCUAAACCGCCGCGCUGCCCAAUCAUCCCCACCUGCCGACUC